AUGUUCUACCCACUCUAUCCGGUCGGUAUCGGGGCUGAGUGGUGGUUACUGUACCGGUCUAUUGCUCCUGGAGCGAAGGUCAGCCCAGUCAUACCGCUCGUCUUCUACUUCUGCUUGAUGCUGUACAUUCCAGGUUCCUACACCAUGUACACCUACAUGAUCAAGCAAAGAAGGAAGACACUGGGUUCCAGACACAAGGUCCAGUAA